ACAGUGUCUCACUAUGUUGCCCAGGCUGGUCUUGAACUCCUGGGCUCAAGUGAUCCAUCUGCCUCAGCCUUACAGGCACGAGUUACCAUGACUGGCCUAGGAACAGGUUUUGAUGGUGGGAGAAUUGGCACAAGUACAGCGGAAAAUGCCUGGACUGAGCUUCAGGAAUGGAUGCUUGAACCUGUGCUCUUAGCUGACUGGCUGGUGUUCUUGGGCAAAUCAUUUGCUUCCUCUGGGCCACAGGCUUCACUUCUGACUGCUGAGAUAUGGGCUAGUAAGGAUCUGAGGGGAUCAUGGGUGUGACAAAGAUCCUUACUGGCUUGUCACCAAAAACAUGGGGCUAGCAGGAGGGGCUGACAUCAUGGUGUCAAGGGUCAAGGAAGGGCAGGCUGGGUGAGCCCCUGGGACAGGAGAGUGGGCUAACCUGAGACCCUUGUGUGUAAUCCUCCAGAAUAAAAUCUCUUGGAGUCUAAGAGUGCUUGAAAGAUAAAAGCCACAGUUCUUGAAAAAUGAUUGUUUACUGUUAUUUACUAUGUACCAUGGGUGCUUUAAGUUCUUCAUGCAUCAACAACUCCAUGAGGUGAGUACUGUUAUUAGCAUUUGUAGGUGGGAAACUGAGGCACAGAUAGGUUGGUUAAGUGAGCUUCCAAGGUCACACAUCUGGUAAGUGGCUAGAUUCAAAUGCAGGCAGUCUGGCCCCAAAAACUAUGUGCUUAACUUCUUCACAACAUGGUCUCUCCCACGCUAGAUGGAGUGCCAGGGGCUCAGAAAAACAAGCCACCUGUCCCAGAACAGACAGCAUUCAUCUUUGAUCCUCAUUAUCCCUGCAGCUGAGGUCCUGGAAGGAGGAGCCUCACUGGGUCUAGGGUCCAGGGCUCUGAGAUUGGCCCUUGAACCAGCUCAACCUUUCUAUUCCCCUGGGAGUAGGUCGGAGAGGAUCAAGGGUGCCCUGCAGUCACUGUGGGCAUGGAAGGCUUUGCCAGGGCCUGAUGAGUGGGCAUGGUUAGUGCCUUGGAGCUUGAGUGGCUCAUAAGUGCUUGAGUUGUAAUAAACUCCCAUGUAGUCUGGCACACCGCCACCGUUGUACAGGUAGGGGAAACUGAGGUCAGAGUGUUUAGGGACCAGCCCAGGGUCACACAGGCAGAGGACACGUUUCAUCCCUGAGCCUCCUGUCCUGCCUUCUGGGCCGCUUAGUUCUUGUGGGCUCCAUAGGAAGAUGAGAUGUUGGGGACCCUCCCACGGAUCCCUAAGGUGGUCCUAGCCUCCACAGCCGGGACAUUAUUCCCAAUAUGGGGUCCUUUGGGAGGGCACAUGGAGUUGGGGGAUGGGGAGAGUACUGAUUAAAAAAUAGACUGUCACGCGCACAGAGAACAAGCAUGCCACCACCCAGCCCGAGCCAGUUGGCUCCCCCGUGCCCGGCUGCCAGGCCCCACUCAGGUCUCCUGCUGGGGGCCCCGCCCACCACACCCUGGCUCUGGGCCUGAGGCUGAAUGCUCCCAUCCACCCUCUCCUCUCCCUCCUCCAUCCCUGCCCAGCCUCCAGGCAGAUGGUGCACUUACUGAGCUUGGGUGGGCCUGAAGCUCAGCUGUGGAGUUUAAGCUGUGCCAGGGGCGUCUGGCAUCCCCACACACUGGCUAUGUGGCCUUGAAUGAGCCCUUUCCCUCUCUGGGCCUCAGACAUUGACAGAGUAAUGCUGUCAAUCAAAGUUCCUUUCCAGAUUUCUUCUCUCAUUUAGACCUGACAGACAGUGCAGGAGACCCCACUCAGAGAGGUGAUGUGUCCUGCCAUGGCCACUCAGCUAGGGUGCAGCACAGCAGAGGCGGAUGCCCAGAUAAUCGUGCAAAUCCCAAUCCUGUACAACUCCGGGUGAGUGAGGUCACGUGGAAGCAUGGAGGCAGGAGGCUUUGCAGUUGUGAUGUGAGCAGUGUUUCAUGCAUUUGCUCUUUUACUUAGUCAACAACUGUUUAUUGAGCCCCAGCUAUGGCCGAGGCACAGGGGCAUGAACAUAGCCAAGGUCCCUGCCCGGCAGGGACAGGCAGACUGACAUGAAAACAAAUCCUGAUGGAAUUACAAAGCUGAUGAGCGUUUAGGGGAGAGGCAGAGGGUGUUGUGACAGGAGAAUGUGACCUCUGAGGGCCUUGGGAUCUGUGAACAGACCUGAAGGAUGAGAAGUAUGGUCAGAAAGGGGCAGCCGAGGGGGCAAGGGAAGAAAGGGCUCUAGGAAAAGGAGCAGCCAGUACAGAGGCCCUGAGGGGAGAAAGUGCUGGGCUGGCCGAGCACUAGGAAGAGGGUCAGCACGGCUGGAGCCUCGCUGGCUGGGAGGUGAAGCACCAGGACACCAGGACGGGAGCUGCAGCGCGGGGGUGGGGGCGUUGGGGCUGGUGGUACAGGCCCUGGAGCCUGCGAAGGGGCUUGAGGCGGAUCAUAGGAAGGAGGAGCAUGCUGGUGCUGAUCUGGGAGGCGGGUCUUUCCUCUUUUCCUUUUGUCUUUCCCUUGGAUGUCCACCCUGAUAGUGCUAUCGACAGACCCCAUCCGUGCCCCCCCAGCCACUUCAUGAGGUGGCUGAAUGUAGAGUCUGGGGCCAUCUCUCCCUUCUUUCUUCAAGGAGGGUUAUGGAGGCCCAGCAGGCCUCAGAUGUAAGCUGGUGAGAGUGCGUUCCUGGGCAGGAGGCUGCGGUCACUCAAGCUGAGUGCCCCUGUUCAGCGUUGGGCCAGAGCACUAGCCUCACGGAGAAGGAUCUGAAAGAGGCCAAGGCGCGGAGCCAGCAGAUUGCAGCCCAGCUGACCACCCCUCCCAGCUCCAAUUCCCGUGGCGUCCAACUCUUCAACAGGCGCCGGCAGAGGGUGAACGAGUUCACCUUGGAGAGCCACGGCCAGAGGGGACAGAAGCCCAGCCAGGAGUCCCUCAAAGUGCUCCCUGAAAGCCCCCCAGGCCAUGCCCCGGGGCUCAGCCUGAGUUCCACCUCGCUGCCAGAGCCAGGCCCUCCACAGCACCCCAAUCCCCAGAGCCCCGACAGCGGGGUCCCUGGCCACAGCAUGGAGGGGUACUCAGAGGAGGCUAGCUUGCUGCGGCACCUGGAGAGGGUGGCCAGUGAGGAGGAAGAGGUGCCACUGGUGGUUUAUCUAAAGGAGAACGCAGCACUGCUGACAGCCAAUGGGCUCCACCUGUCCCAAAACCGAGAGGCCCAGCAGUCCUCACCGGCCCCACCUCCAGCUGAGGACCACAGCCCAGCUGCAGAUGUCAACCAAAACCUUGCCUCGCCCAGUGCCACGCUCACCACACCAGUUUCUAACAGCAGCCACAACCCGCCAGCCACCGAUGUCAAUCAGAACCCACCGGCAACUGUCGCUCCACAGAGCCUGCCACUCUCUAGCAUCCAACAGAAUUCCUCAGAGGCCCAACUCCCAUCCAAUGGCACAGUGCCUGCUUCCAAACCCAGCACCCUGUGUGCUGACGGGCAACCCCAGGCACCGGCUGAGGAAGUGAGGUGCAGCACCCUCCUAAUUGACAAGGUAUCAACUCCAGCUACCACCACCAGCACCUUCUCCAGAGAAGCUACGCUCAUCCCCAGCUCCAGGCCCCCAGCCUCAGAUUUCAUGUCCAGUUCCCUGCUCAUUGACAUCCAGCCCAACACCCUGGUGGUGUCAGCAGAUCAAGAGAUGUCUGGGCGAGCAGCUGCCACCACACCCACCAAGGUCUACAGUGAGGUCCACUUCACACUGGCCAAGCCCCCAUCAGUGGUCAACAGGACGGCCAGGCCUUUUGGGAUCCAGGCGCCAGGGGGCACCAGCCAGAUGGAGAGGAGCCCCAUGCUAGAGAGACGACAUUUUGGAGAGAAGGCUCCGGCUCCCCAGCCCCCCAGUAUCCCAGACAGGAGUCCCCGGCCACAGAGACACAUAAUGUCCCACAGCCCCAUGGUGGAAAGGAGGCUGAUGGGGCAGCGAAGCCCGGCCUCAGAGAGACGCCCCUUGGGGAACUUCACCGCACCCCCCACCUACACUGAGACCUUGUCCACAGCCCCUCUGGCUUCCUGGGUGAGGUCUCCUCCCUCAUAUUCUGCCCUGUACCCCAGCUCCGACCCCAAGUCUUCUCAUCUGAAGGGCCAGGCUGCUCCUGCCAGCAAGACAGGCAUUCUGGAGGAGUCGAUGGCCCGCCGGGGCAGCCGCAAAUCCAUGUUUACCUUCGUGGAGAAGCCCAAGGUGACCCCGAAUCCAGACCUGCUGGAUCUGGUACAGACAGCGGACGAGAAGCGGCGGCAGAGGGACCAGGGGGAGGUAGGCGUGGAGGAGGAGCCCUUCGCACUGGGGGCCGAGGCCUCCAACUUCCAGCAGGAGCCAGCACCUCGCGACAGGGCCAGCCCCGCGGCGGUAGAGGAGGCGGUCCCAGAGUGGGCCUCCUGCCUCAAGUCACCCCGCAUCCAGGCCAAGCCGAAGCCCAAACCCAACCAGAACCUCUCCGAGGCCUCUGGGAAGGGGGCUGAGCUCUAUGCCCGCCGCCAGUCACGGAUGGAGAAAUAUGUCAUCGAGUCUUCAAGUCAUACACCGGAGCUGGCCCGCUGCCCAUCACCUACCAUGUCCCUGCCUUCCUCCUGGAAAUACCCCACUAAUGCCCCCGGGGCCUUCCGAGUGGCAUCCCGAAGCCCAGCCCGGACCCCGCCUGCCUCCCUCUACCAUGGCUACCUGCCUGAGAACGGGGUCCUGCGCCCAGAGCCCACCAAGCAGCCGCCGUACCAGCUGCGGCCCUCGCUCUUUGUCCUCUCUCCUAUCAAGGAGCCUGCCAAGGUCUCGCCAAGAGCUGCCUCGCCUGCCAAGCCCAGCUCCUUGGACCUGGUGCCCAACCUGCCCAAGGGGGCUCUCCCUCCGUCUCCUGCCCUGCCUCGGCCCUCCCGCUCCUCGCCGGGCCUCUACACCUCCCCCGGCCAGGACAGCCUGCAGCCCACUGCUGUGAGCCCUCCCUACGGCGGUGACAUCUCCCCUGUGUCUCCCUCCAGGGCAUGGUCUCCCCGAGCCAAGCAGGCCCCCAGGCCCUCCUUCUCUACCCGGAACGCCGGGAUUGAGGCUCAGGACCGCCGGGAGAGCCUGCCCACCUCCCCUCCCUGGACGCCGGGCGCGUCCCGGCCCCCCAGCAGCCUAGACGGCUGGGUAAGCCCGGGGCCGUGGGAGCCAAGCCGCGGGAGCAGCAUGAGCAGCCCCCCGCCGCUGCCGCCACCGCCGCCCAUGUCUCCCUCGUGGAGCGAGCGCUCAGUGUCCCCGCUGCGACCGGAGACCGAGGCGCGGCCCCCCAGCCGCCAGCUGCAGGCGCUUCUGGCGCGAAACAUCAUCAACGCGGCCCGGCGCAAGAGUGCCUCUCCGCGGUCGGCGGGCGCCGAGAGCCUGCGGCCCUUCUCCCCGCCAAGGGCACCGCCGCCGCCGCCCCCGCGCAUGCGCUCGCCACAGCCCGCCCGCCCCGGCUCGGCUGCUAUGCUGGGGGCAGCCUUCGCGCCCAUCCCGCGGAGCCCGCUUCCCGCCGGGCCGUCGUCCUGCACCAGUCCCCGGAGCCCACUGCCCGCGCCUCCCAGGCCCUUCCUCUACCGCCGCUCGCCCACGGACUCCGACGUGUCCCUCGACUCCGAGGACUCCGGGGCUAAGUCUCCCGGCAUCCUCGGCUACAAUAUCUGUCCCCGCGGGUGGAACGGCAGCCUUCGGCUGAAGCGUGGCAGCCUCCCCGCCGAGGCCUCCUGCACCACCUAGAGCCCCACCCCCGGCCCCACCCCGGGAGGACAGAGCCAGAAGAAGGCUCAUCAGACCUGGGGAACCCAAAGGGUCUGGCCUCUUUGGGCAGCCCCAGAGCUGAGGGGUCAGCAGAGGAGAGCUCUGGGCUUGGGGAUGGGUUAGGGACGCAAGCUUGAGUUCUAGCCCUUGCUGUCAUUCAGCUGUUGUGUGACCCUGGGUAAGACUCUUCCUUGUUUGACCCUCAGCUUUCCCAUCUGUUUAAUGGUGGCUUUGGCCAAGACAAUCCACAAACGUCAAAAUUCCCCUUCCCAUCAAUACACUCUCUCUCUCUCUCUCUCUCUCUCUCACACACACACACACACACACACACACAUACACGUUAGUGCCUUGGAUGAAGCAGGGCAGUGUGUAUAUGGACCCCUGGACUUGCUGCCUUUGGGGUUCCAUACUCCUCCCUCCCCUCCUGGCUGUGCUCUCUGAAGUCUGGCAAGUGCAGUGUGUUGGGAAGAUCCUAGGCCUAUGUCCCAUGUCCAGACACUGGCCUGACCAUCCGGCUCCCUGGCACCAAGUCCUAGGCAGGAGCAGCUGUUUUCCAUCCCUUCCCAGACAAGCACUAUUUUUAUCACAAUGACCUUUAGAGAGGCCUCCCAGGCCAGCUCAAGGUGUUCCACUAUACCCUCUGGAGAGAAGAGGCAGGAAAAUUCUCCCUGGGUCCCUGUCAUGCUACUUUCUCCACCCUGGUUCAGACUGUCCAGGACAUCUUACCUGCAGCCACAAGAGAACUAUAAGGCAGUGAUUUCCCUUAGGCCCAGGACUUGGGCCUCCAGCUCAUCUGUUCCUUCUGGGCCCAUUCAUGGCAGGUUCUGGGCUCAAAGCUGAACUGGGGAGAGAAGAGGUACAGAGCUACCAUGUGACUUUACCUGAUUGCCCUCAGUUUGGGGUGCUUAUUGGGAAAGAGAGAGACAAGGAGUUACUUGUUACGGGAAAUAUGAAAAGCAUGGCCAGGAUGCAUAGAGGAGAUUCUAGCAGGGGACAGGAUUGGCUCAGAUGACCCCUGAGGUCUCUUCCAGUCUUGAAAUGCAUUCCAUGGUAUUAGGAAGUGGGGGGUGGGUGCUGGUGGUGGGCUAGUUGGGCUUGAAUUUAGGGGCCGAUGAGCUUGGGUACAUGAGCAGGCUGCUAGGUUAGGGUCUGCCUGUAUUUCUGGCCCCCUUGGAAAUGUCCCCUUCUUCAGUGUCAGACCUCAGUCCCAGUGUCCGUAUCAUGCCCAGAAAAGUAGACAUUAUCCUGCCGCAUCCCUUCCCCAGUGCACUCUGACCUAGCUGGUGCCUGGUGUCCAGUGACCUGGGGGAGCCUGGCUGUAGGCCCUCACUGAUUCCCUAAACCUUGGUGGCUCUGAUUCCAGUCCCCAGGUGGGACUCAGGGAGGAAUAUGGCUGAGUUCUGUAGUUUCCAGAGUUGGCUGGUAGAGCCUUCUAGAGGUUCAGAAUAUUAGCUUCAGGAUCAGCUGAGGGGAUGGAAUUGGCUGAGGAUCAAAUGUAUGUAGGUGAAAGGAUAGCAGGAUGUUGCUAAAGGUGAUGGAGAGUAUGGGUUUAGGACUUACUCACCCGUCAGGGUGGUGUUAGAUCUAGAACCCCCAAGUGAGGCUGGAGAGAGUUAAAGUCAGUAUGAAAGAUAGGGUUGGGACGGGGUGCUUUGGAAUGAAAGUGUGACCUUGGAGUGCUCCUUGGGCCUCAGGAAUGAGGACACAGCUCCUGCUGGUGUGAAGAUGAGAAGGGGCUCUUACUCAGUUAAUGAUGAGUGACUAUAUUUACCAAAGCCCCCACCUGCUGCUGGGUCCCUUGUAGUGCAGGAGAUUGGGGCUAAGGGCCCCUCCCAGAGAAGGGACACCAUCAGGCCUCUGGCUGAGGCAGUUGCAUAGAGGAUCCACUUCUACCUGCAUUUCCCAAAGGACUAGCAGGAGGCAGCCUUGAGAAACCCGCAGUUCCCAAGCCAGCCCCUGGCUGUUCUCUCAUUGUCACUGCCUUCUCCCCAACCUCUCCUCUAACCCACUAGAGCUUGCCUGUGUCCUGCCUCUUGCCUCUUGUAGAAUUCAGCUCUGGCCCUCAAUAAAUGCUUCCUGCAUUCUUCUGC